AUGGUGAUUUGUCUUCCAACGCGUGCCCCAAUUGACUUGCAGAGGCUUGACUUGGUAACGCAGUAUCUUGCAGAAGCGGGUUACACGACAAUGGGUAAGAUUGGUUGUACACAGCCACGUAGGGUGGCUGCCAUGUCUGUGGCCAAGAGGGUUGCUGAAGAGUUUGGUUGUCGUUUAGGAGAGGAAGUCGGCUAUGCAAUUCGUUUUGAGGAUUGCACUGGUCCAGAUACUGUCAUCAAGUACAUGACUGAUGGUAUGCUUCUUAGGGAGAUUUUGAUUGAUGAGAACCUUUCUCAGUAUUCUGUGGUCAUGCUUGAUGAAGCUCAUGAGAGGACAAUCUUCACAGAUGUUCUUUUUGGACUACUGAAGAAGCUUGUGAAGCGGAGACCAGACCUUCGUUUGAUUGUCACAUCUGCUACUUUGGAUGCGGAGAAGUUUUCCGGUUAUUUCUUCAACUGUAACAUCUUCACCAUCCCUGGGAGAACUUUUCCUGUAGAGAUACUCUACACUAAACAGCCGGAAAGUGACUAUCUUGAUGCAUCUCUAAUAACUGUUCUACAAAUACACUUGACAGAACCUGAAGGUGACAUCCUUCUUUUCUUGACUGGACAAGAGGAGAUUGAUUUUGCAUGCCAGUCUCUUUAUGAGAGGAUGAAAGGUCUUGGUAAAAAUGUCCCUGAGUUGAUUAUCCUACCAGUGUACAGUGCCCUUCCUAUCAUUUCUGCCAUGGAACAAUUGUACAGUUUAGGAGCACUGGAUGAGGAGGGGCUGCUCACCAAAUUGGGUAGGAAAAUGGCUGAGUUUCCUCUGGAUCCACCCUUGUCUAAGAUGCUAUUGGCCAGUGUGGACCUUGGAUGCAGUGAUGAGAUCUUGACCAUCAUUGCAAUGAUUCAGACUGGUAAUAUUUUUUACAGGCCUAGGGAAAAACAAGCCCAGGCAGAUCAGAAGAGAGCCAAGUUUUUCCAGCCAGAGGGAGAUCAUCUGACUUUACUUGCAGUCUAUGAGGCAUGGAAAGCUAAGAAUUUUUCAGGGCCAUGGUGUUUUGAGAACUUUGUUCAGUCUCGAUCCUUGAGGAGGGCACAGGAUGUCAGAAAACAGCUUCUCAGCAUCAUGGACAAGUAUAAACUAGAUGUUGUGAGUGCUGGAAAGAAUUUUACAAAGAUCAGGAAGGCAAUUACGGCGGGGUUUUUCUUCCACGGUGCUAGAAAGGACCCGCAGGAGGGUUAUAGAACCCUAGUGGAGAACCAACCAGUUUAUAUACACCCAAGCAGCGCCCUCUUCCAGAGACAACCAGAUUGGGUGAUCUACCAUGAGCUGGUUAUGACCACAAAGGAGUACAUGCGCGAGGUGACGGUCGUCGACCCCAAAUGGCUCGUGGAACUGGCACCCAGGUUCUUCAAAGUGGCAGAUCCCACCAAGAUGAGCAAGCGCAAGCGUCAAGAACGUAUUGAACCGCUAUAUGAUAGAUACCAUGAACCUAACUCCUGGCGUCUUAGUAAGAGACGUGCUUGAUAUGUGUCAUCUGCUGCUUUUGGUUUUUCUGUAUGGAUUCAGUGUGAAUAUCUUGUAAUUACCUGAGCUAAUUUUUGACA